CUCAACUUUCUCCAUCGCCAUGUCGCCAGAAUAGCGAUCGUGGCCGCCAACAUCCACAGUUUCGGAUAUGUCUACAAGUGGUGCCUCGCCGCCACUUUCCAAGAACGCAUCAUGGAACCCCAGAAUGCAUCUGGUCUUCUCAUGCUCAUUGCUUUCAACGUUCUUCUUCUCGCGAGCUCUCCGUUCGUCCGGAAUCGCGCGUACAACUUCUUUUUCUGGGUGCAUACUCUGUUCGUCCCAGCAUGCAUGGCGGCGGGCUGGGCCCACUAUCCUCCACUGCGACCCUAUCUCAUCUGUGCCUCUGCUGUCUACGGGUUCGAUAAACUUCUCCGCAUCGCGAAGACGCGUAUCAGCACAGCUACCAUCCAAGCCCUGCCCGGGCUCAAUGCGACCCGAGUGGAACUGCCGUACAUCAACAAAGGCUGGCGGGCCGGCCAACAUGUACGAGUCCGGGUUCUCUCUUCUUCAAUGGGCAUCAUGGGCUGGUCUGAAAUCCACCCAUUCACCAUCGCCAGCUCGUCCCGUAGUGGGAACGGUCUCGUGCUCGUCUGCAAGCAGGCGGGUACGUGGACGAACAAACUAUACAGAGCGGCAGCGGCGGACAAUCACGUCGGCGAGGCUUGCCUGUCGCGCCACGUGAAAAUGAUCGUUGAGGGACCCUACGGCGGGCCGGGGUUCAUGAUGAUGCACAGCUUCUCCGCCGCGUUGUUCGUCGUCGGGGGCAGCGGCAUCACUUUCGCCCUAGGGGCUGUCCAAGACCUCAUCGAGCAGGACUCGUGCGGGCAAAGUCGCAUUAAUGUCAUUGGUACGCCCGAUGUUGGUUAUCGACCUCGCCUAUUGUAAUCUCUGACCGUCCGACGCAGAACUCGUUUGGGUCAUCCAUGACAUCGAGUCCCUUCGCCCCCUGGCUCUCCAGCUGACAUCCAUGGUUCGGCGGAGCCGAGCGCGCCUGAGCGUGUCUGUCUACUGCACCAAAGCUGCAGAAGGAGAUAAAGAGGGGGUCACACCCAACCCGGCAUUCUCCGUCUUCCCCGGCCGUCCCGAGGUGGCGGCAAUCAUUGAAGGAACGAUUGCUCGCUCUCUGGCUUACGGGGCAGGCAAGUCUGGGCUGAUCGUCGGCGUCUGUGGCCCGGUUGCGUUGGCGGACGAUGUCGUCCGUAUCACCAAGUCUGUGGGCUCAGACAAGCACGAGGCAAUCGGGGGGAUUGAGAUACAUGAAGA